CCUCCCUCCCCCCUGACGUCAGCCCCUGGGCUUCUCCAAACCCGCCGAGCCGCCCGCUCCUCACUCUGCGGCUGCGGAACAUGGCUCGGAGCGGGGCGGCGGGGCGCCCGGGGCUGCUGCUCGCCUGCGGGCUCCUGCUCUGGGGCGCCACAGGUGGGGCCAGCAAGGUGGAGGUCUCCAUGCUGGAGGUGGUGGAGGUGGAGUUGGGCCAGACAGCCAGGAUCCCAUGCAACUUCUCCCUCCCUGAGGCGAGCGACUAUGCCUACAUCAACUGGUUCUAUAUCGACAAACGCAGCCGGACGAAGAUCUACUACAUGGUCCGUGGCCAGGUCUUUGAGGUGGACACGGAGUACAAGGGCCGGGUGGCCAUGGAGGAUGACUUUACCCUCACCAUCAGCAGGGUGACCCUGCAGGACGCCAGGACCUUUGUGUGCCAGGUCGGGGCGGGCAGCUUAGGGGUGGGCGAGAACCGGACCAAGCUCCAUAUUUACAAAACCCCGGAGCCUCCUGAGAUUCAGGUGAACGACGCGGGCAUCCCAGUGACGAGUAAGGAGAUCCCAAAGAUCGCAGUGUGCAUCAGCAAGAACGGCUUUCCGGCCCCCAACAUCACAUGGUACAAGAAUGGGAGCCCCCUGUGGCAGGAUGACACAACAGAAAUCAGCAUCCUCUCCACCCUCAUCAAGGAGUCCAGCGGGCUGUACACGGUGAGCAGCACCCUCUUUGCCCGCGUGAGCCGUGAGGACCGCCAGUCCCGCUUCCACUGCGCGGUCAGCUACUGCCUGCUGGGGGCCGACCAGACUGCCGUGUCCGAGAAGGUCAACGUCACCGUGUUCUAUUCCACGGAGAAGCUAAGUCUGGUGAUACGCUCUCCCCAGCCGCAGGUGCGGGAGGGGGACGAGGUGACGCUGCACUGCGAGGGGGACGGGAACCCCCCGCCUGAGUACAACCUGCUGAAAGUGCAGGAGGGUGCCCAGGCUGAGGAGAAAGACCUAACCUCCAGUAACGGGGUGCUGAUCCUGCGGAAGGUCAAGAAGGAGGACAGCGGCCGAUACCUGUGCCGGACUUUCGACCUCGACUCCAUGGCGAGCCUGGAAGCCACGGCGGAGCUAUCUGUGAACUACCUCGAAGGGCUCAAGAUAACCCCUGAGGGGCCCAUCCAGCUGCAGCAGGGAGAAGGCUUAGCCCUGACCUGUGACGCCAGAGGCUCCAAGCCCUUGGAGUUGCGGUGGAAGAAGGAAAAGAAGGGGAAACUACUGGGGCACGGAAAACAACUGAAACUGAGCAACGUCACCCUCGAAUCUUCCGGCAACUACAGCUGCGAAGUGUCUGUGGCUGGGGUGCCAGGGCUCUCCCGCUCCAAGCAGGUGUACGUCGCCGUGCACGCAAAGCCACAGAUCAGUCCCAAGGAUUCCCUGGUGCCCGUGAAACAGAAUGAGCUGGUGACCCUGAUGUGCAGAGCUACUGCCCUCCCUGAGCCCACGAUCACGUGGAGCAUCAAUGGAACGGUCCAAAACCACAUAGACCAUCACCACAUCAUCAGCAACUUGACCGUCCAGGUCACCCCAGAACUGCUGCAGUCAGGAGUCACCUGCAUGGCCACCAACAAGCUGGGCACUAGCAGUCUUCACAUUACGCUGCAGCUGAGGACGACAACUACGUCACCUCCUCCUAUUGGCAACACUACCGCGGAACCCAUCAAGAAAGAGCAAAAGACCCAGGAGAGCAAGGGCGUGAUCAUCGUGGCAGUCAUCGUGUGCAUCCUGGUGAUCGCCGUGCUCGGCGCCGUGCUCUACUUCCUGCACAAGAAAGGCAAGAUCCCCUGCAACCGCACCGGGAAGCAGGACAUCACCAGGCCAGAUGCCCGUAAAGACGAGAUUGUAGUUGAAGUUAAGUCAGAUAAACUUCCCGAAGAGGCGGGGCUUCUGCAGGGCGCUAACAGCGAGAAGAGACCUGCAGGUGACCAGGCAGAGAAAUACAUCGACCUGAGGAACUAGAAUGAGGGACCUGCCAUGUGUUUUUUCCCUUCAAACCUUUCCUGAUCCUGGAUCGCUGCCUCCCAACCCUGCUCCAGCCCCUUGGGAGCGUGACCAGAGACCUUGAAAUGCAUCACAGCGCUGAGACUGCUCUGCCAGGAGAAAUACCUCACCCCCCAACCCCACCCAACAUGGCCAUUACACUAGCCAAGGGUCUGAAAGAUACCAUGCUAGCAGCAGCAAAUCUGGACUGGCUUACUGCUUCAGAGAGGCCAAAAACAAAUUCUUGGAAACAUCCACAUUACCCUGACAGGGGAAGAAUUUAAGGUCUUAUCAGGAAUGUUACUCUUCGCUUUUUAUUGUUCCAGUUGUGUGUGUGUAUUGAGAGAGGGGUGGGGGGGAAAUCUAGAAGCAAUUUUACCGAAAAUUCACAGCAGGUAAGUCCCCCUGCCCUCCUGAAAGUAGGCUAGAGCACUAGGCAGUCUGGGUUUCUCUGGCUAGAGUUGUGCUUUUAAUUGGAGCUCCUUCCAACUGAAAAAAACCCAACCCCACAACCCGUAUUAAAUUAGCAGCAUUCAGCUAAGUCUCUGAACAAUGGGUGCAUAGUAUGAAUUACAGCUAGGGGGUGGAAUUUACCUGGUGGGUUCUAGGAUGCAAAUGGUAAAUUCUCUUAGCUUUUCCCUUAACUGUUCUUGUUUUGCUGGUUUAGAUUCACAGCCUCUCAACUUGCACUGGUGAAAUGCAGGUAGAGCGCUCCAUUCUCGGAAGAGUUGAUUUCGUUUUCCCAAGUGACUCUACUGAGAACAAGUAGCUGAAAGGAAAGGAUCUCUGUUCUAUGUGCAGUAAAAAGCAGGGCCUCCCAGUUGUUCUGAGGUUUCGGCAGGGACUGGACCCAACAGUACAUUCAUAUGAAAGUUUUAAAGCUGCAUGAUGUGGCAUUGCUUAGCUGAGGGCUUAGGCCUUGUUUCACACCUGCCACCUCCCUGAGGAACGUGGCUACCCUGGGCAGAUUUCUAAUUAAGCUGUACCGUGGCUGAAAUGAGCAGGCCCUCCAGCAGACCACAUCUAAAGUCGAGGCUGAUGAAGAGAGAAGCUUUAUGCCAUGCUUAGAAAUUGGCACCUCUCUUAAAAAAAACCCUCAAAAAACCCUAAAGUAUUCUCACUAGAUAAAACAUUACAUAUCCUUGACUAAAAUCCCACUCUCUGGCCUAGGCCAGGGUGACAGGUACCAACUGUGAACAAGAAGGGAAACUGACAGAACUGAGCUCCCAGACUAUUGAACUGGUGCUAUCUCAGAGAUACCAAACAGACCACCACCUCACGGAAAACACCCAGCCUGUAAGCAUAUACCGCUGUUGCUUCCAUCAGCCCUAUGAGUUCUCCCUCAUCCCCAGGCGAACACUGAGGAGAUGAGCCCCUUGCUUUUCCUUCUCGAUUCCUAUUAGAGAAGUAAAGCAAGUUGCAGAACUUGUUUCACCUAGGCACACACCCCCAUAGCUGCUACUUAACCAGCCGUUUAUUUUCCAUUCCUCCAACUCUUCAGCAACAAACAGACUUACAUUAACACUGGGCAAAACGAUAACAGCUCCUUUCCUAUGCACCCAACUUCCUCAGUGGUUAUUGAGACUCUCUGCGGCAGCAGAUGCAACCAACUCAUUAACAAAAAGGGUGAGCUGUACUUGUGAGCUAGAAUUAUCAGAAGCAAAAGCUUUGGUUAUAUAUAUAUAUAUUUUUGUUGGUUUGUGUGUAAAUUUAAGAGUUUGUCUGAUAUUUGCAGGGGUUUUUUUUAUAUAUGUGAAAAUAAAAAGCCAAAAUACUUCCA